AUGAGGUUGGGUCCCGCCAUCAGGCUGCUGCAAGCCCCCCUGAGGGCCUGCGUGGUCCCCAAGGCGCACAUCUCCGCCAAGCCGGCCAAAUCCCCCACUUCUGCCCCCGAGCAGGCUGUGGCGCUCGUGGUGACCUUCUUCAGCUUCAUGAUCCCCUCGGGCUGGGUGCUGUCCCACCUGGAGAGCUACAAGAAGCGCGGCGAGUGA